CUCUAUUCGCAAUUGGAUUUGGUAGUCUGAUCUGCAUAUUACCUAUUACUGUUUCCAUCAUUUACUUCGCUUAUAUUUAGUUUUAUCUGAUUGAGUUUCCAUGUGUACCCAGCUAAAUUGAUAGGCCAACCCUUCUUGUACCUCCUGUGUCCUUAUUGCAGCUUAGAAGGAGACCACGUCUUCGGCGAAUUCGGCGACUACAAGCCCCUCGAAGCCAAGGAAAACAAGGGAAACCAGAGGAGCCGAGUUCCAAAGAAGGCAUAAAUAAUUGAGCUCUGGUUUAGAUCCCAGCUGCAACUGGUAGGUUUCUCGCUCUCUUUCAUUGAUAUCCCAUUUCAGUCUCCUUUCUGUUCCGGUAGGAAUGGCAAUGGGGCAGGUCCGGGGCGAGUUUCUUGGUACCCAGACCCGCCCCGUGGCAGGUCGGGUAAUUGAUCAUGGGUCGCGGGUCGGGGCAGGUCGACCCAAUGAGUAUACAAUUUAUAUGAAAACAUUAAAAAUAUUCGUAAUUUUUAUUGUAGGACUAAGAAAACAAACAAUAUUAUGACAAUUGUAGUUAAAUUAUUGGAGAAAUUGAGGUUUUUACUAAUUUACAACUUUAUUAUAGCUAAAAUAUUAUGCAAUAAAAGGAAAAUUCUAAGUAAUUUGACUAAGAUUACAUGUAAUUUAGACAAGAACGGGUCAAAAAUGGGGCGGGUCAGGGCAGGUCGGAUCGAUGGGACUACCCAUGCCCGCCCCGCCUACGAGGCGGGUCGGACCCGCCCCAAAACAGGUUUAACAGGUCGGGUAAAACGGGUCAGUUCAAAAUUGUCAUCCCUAUGUUCCAGAUUUUUAGUUCUAAAUUUGGGUUUAGCCCACCGUACUUGAUAGAUUUGGUUCAUCAUCUUCUCCAAUUCUUUUCUGAUCGAAGAGACGACGGCGAAACUAAAUUAUGAUUACUGAGAGUGAACCAUACAAGAAGGAAACGAGCUUUGUAUUCGCAUAAGGAGAAAAUGCGAGGGAUGGGUUAGCGGUGGCGGUGGGUUUCUGACUCUCCUUUGUUAUUAUUCGCUUUCUGACGUCUUAUUUAGUGUGUUGAUUUUUGGGUCUACGUUAUGAUUUUCCCUUACUAUACUACAUGGAUUUGGUUCAUCAUUUUUGCCCAUUCUUUCAGAUUGAAGGAACGACGACGGGAACUCGAUGAUGGCAGGAGAAAGUGGAAAAGGAGCGUUGGGUUUGCAGAGGGGAGAGUAAGGAUGAUUAAGUUAGCGGAGUAGAAAGAAUGCAAAGCCAGGUAGUUCAAGUUUGGCGACUUCCUUUCAGUUUGAUUGGGUGUUUGUGAUAAGUCUUAGUUUGGUCAACAUAUGAGGACUUUCAUGAAUACAAAAAAGGCUAAGAGGAAGAAGAAGAAGAAGAAGAAGAAGCAACAGCAGAGAAUUAAUUUUCCCUGGUCGCAGUUUACAAAGACAUAGAAGGCAAAGAGAACGGUAGUGGAAGGAGGAAUAAGAAGACGCACAAAAUCGUAAAGGUGAAGAACUCUAUUAUGAUUGUGAAGGAAUAACAAAAUCGACAUGGUGGUGACCUUCUCUCUUUGCUUCUGCUUUUUUUUUUUGUUUAAUUUCUUGUGAUUUAUUCGCAGAUUAAUGAGCUUAUGCCAGUUUUGGGUACUUACCUAGCACAUUAGGAAGCUUUCACUUGCCGAGUUCAACUUAUUAAUCAAGUGCUUGCCAUCAAUGGUGAUUUGGAUGUAUUUGGCUCCAUUUUAUAUCUUCUGGACCUCGCGGUUUGUAACUCAAAUAGCUUUCGGAUUAUUGAGUUCUUACGUUGUUAUUAUGUUUACCUGCACGAUAUGCAUGAUCACAUAGAAAUGACCUUAUUAUCCGAGUUCUUAUGCAGUGGCUGGGUACAUUGAUGUGGUCAUUUCAGAAAUGACAACUAACAUGUAAGAGUAGUCACCUUCUUAAUCAACAAGGUGUGCUAGGAACUAAAGUCAUGUGCUAUGCUAAUUGUUUGUAUUGGUGUUCAGGAAGAGUGCAUCCGGAAGGGAAGAUUACAUCGUCAUCAGUUCUGUCAAAAUAAAGCAACCAUAAACAAGACAUGCAUUCUGCAGAACAUAAUGAUGAGUGCUGCAUUUUUCAACGGUUUAUAUAUUUGUUUUCAGUUCUUUAUGUGUGUAUGUCUUUUACGCCCGAUGAUUAUGAUUCGUUGAUCCCUUUUUUUCCUUUCAGGAGGAAGAGCAUAUAUGCAACAAAAAGGGCCAAAUGAGCUAGCAUGGUUAUAAGGAGUUAGACAAAUCUCGCAUGUGUUGAACUUAGAUACCAUAUUGGGAAUCGCAUUUUGAUUUGAAUAGAGUUUUAACACCUACUUCCAAAUUUAGGAGUUAGACAAAUCUCGCAUGUGUUGAAUUUAGAUACCAAAUACAUAACUGAAAUAUAUGAUCCAAACGAUGUUCACAUUUGUUAUUGAAUAUCAAAUUGAUUUUCUUUCUUUAUGAAGUCAUGAAUCUUUUUUCAUAAAAUCCCACUUUCACGACAGACGAUUGUAUAUUUGAAUCAACAAGUGUUUUAUUUAGUAAAAUUCCAAAUAAAUACUUCAAAUAUUUGAGAUUUUGGUCAAUAUAAUAGCUUGACUAUCCUUUUACGUCAUUGUCAACUCUUAAAACCACAAAUAUUUUCCGUGAAUCAUAUAAAAUUAAAGAUCCCAAAUCAAGUAAAUCAUAAAUAUUGAUAAAAUAAAUUAUACGAAAUAGAAUGAAAUUGAUCCGACCAACGAGUCGGGUAAAAGCUAGUAUACUGAUACUACUCAAAACAAGGGACACAGACACAAGGAAAAAUCUGAUCCGCCCGCAAACAAUAAUAAAUGCAACCGUAUCUCCCGCCUCGCACACAAUUGAAUAACUACCACUCGUUUGGCUUCUCAUAGGUGUGGCUUUGCUUAAAUCCAAGUUCCCAUCUUCAUUAACGUUCAUUCUAUCCAUCUCUUCCUUCACUCAUUGUUACUUCCACACAGAAGCCCUACUUAGUUCACACUACCUAGCUAUACGCCGCCGUCGACAGAACUAUUUCAACAAGCUAGCUAGCUAGCAAGUAGCAAGCACAUACAAACAAUAUAUAUUUAUUUGCUUUCAGCCAACCAACCGUCCGGGAAAAAGAAGAUGCUGGACGUGUGGUCCUGGAUAUCCGACCUUCCUUUCUCCGGUGAAUGGGAGUCGGCACCACUACUCGUCUUCCAACUUGCUACUUCACCAUGUGACCCAACUCGUUCUCUCCAGCUCCAAGCCCGACGAACGCCUUCUUCUCCUCCGGCAAACUCGGACGCUUUUUUUAUCACUUUAUCCGUAUGCUUACGUGGCGCCACUCCCUCCACGCUCUGGGCCUCCGACGCCUACCUACUCAACUCCAGUGGUUCCACCACCAACACCACUUUCCUGCUGCCCCUCCUCCUCCACCUCCUCCACGAGAUCGUCACCCGGGCACCCACGUCGGCAACCUACAGUAGCUCCGGCCGGUUCCAGAAGCUUCGGGCCGAACCGGUGUCCUGGAUCCUGGACACCCACUCCCCAGAGUCCUUCUCCAGCUUCUUCAACCUCGUCUUGCUCACCCGCCUUUUCUGGGCGUGUGCCUGCGACGCGCCCUCCGAAGUCGGCUCCUUCUACCUCGACUCCCUCCUCUCUCCCAACAUCCACUCCCUGCUCACCGCGUCCAAGCCGGUCCUCGCCAAGUUCUUGGUCGCCGUCGGAGCGGACGCGGAGCUGUGCUUCGUGCGCACCCUGGGGUACAUGUUAGCGAAAUGGCUCAUCUCCAGAGAGGUGGCGCCCGGCGCAGGUUUGCGGACGCCGGUCCCCCCACUCCUUCCAGGGUUCAGCUACGCCGUGGAGGCUUACGGGUACUGGACUCUCAAGGGCUACGCGCCCGUCCCGGCCAUGCGCCUCUCCGGAGCGCCAAUAAAGCCGUUUCUACUCGAGCCGAACGAGCUGUCGCUGUUGAAGUACGCUCUGGCGCAUCAGCAGUUGGAAGCCGUCAUUCAGCUGCACUACUCCGUCGCGUUUCACGACGCGUACGUCCAAGUCAGCGCCCGAGUGGACAACCUCCGCUUCCACGUGGCGAAGCUUGGGUUCAGUGGAGAAUCGGAAUAUUCGGAGGAGAGGCACUUCGUGUCGAGGGUUCGUGUCUGGGUUGGGCCGGAGAUCGGAGCUACGUACGUGGCGGGCUUGAGCGCGGGCCGCUCGACGCACAACGGCGAGAGCGAAACGACGGAGCUACUACACGUUGGCAAGGGUGGCCCCGGAAAUUUCGGGAUGUUGAGAACGAGGGUGAAGGACUGGAGGUGGGACCAAGACGUGGAAGGGAACGCUGUCGUCUUCGAUGCUGUCCUACACGAUACGGCUACGGGCCAGGAGUACUGUAGCGGCGGCGGAGGAGGAGACGGGCCCAGAAGAAUGAGGAGCAGUACUGGGCCCAACAGGCCCUUCACGAAGGCGAGAGGGCUGAUAUUUGCCGGGGAGGAGUACGGCGAUGAGGUUACGUGGAGGUUGGGGAAGGAGAUGGAAGGGAGCGUGUUGAAGUGGAGAAUUGGAGGGGAAGUUUGGGUGACCUAUUUCCCCAAUCAAGUCCACACUUCCUUCUGUGAGACCAGGUCGGUGGAGUGGUGUGAUGAGGUUGAUUUGCCUUUGAUCCCUGGAAAGUAGGGUGCCGGCACGGUAGAAUAAUAAACCGAAUUAAUUUGCAAAGUGGCUGUGGGUAGUAGCCAGCAGGGUGAGAUUAGUGGGAUUUGGAUUUUAAAAUUCAAAAUUUCAUUGUCUGGCUAACUUUUUAAUGUUGUAUUUGGAUUAAAUUCAGGCUGGAUUUCGGCCCAUGUAAAAGUGGGAAUUUCAAAUACAAAAAAAAAAAAGGGAUUGAUUUAGAAAUGAACGACGAAGGUUGCUGAAAGAAGCCUAACCUCAACUUCUUCGCUACUUCCUUCCUUUCCCAAUUGAAACUCCCAUCCCCAACCAAACUCUCGCAUCAGCAUCGCCUCCAUAUAUAUAGUUUGGGUUUAUAAUUCCAAUUUCAAGAUUGUUUUUGGUUUGCGAUUUUAUAGGGCUUUCUUAAUUCUGAAAAACUAAACAUGAUUGAAACCAUACCGAGUCAGGCUCAAUUAAAUGUGAUGUCAAUUCGGUUAUGUUCCUUAUCUUUCCUUUUGAUUCUAUCCUGUAACAAUUUUGUCCGAUUGUGGAUCUAAAUGGAUCGUACCCAUCUUUGAUAAAGAACACAAGAUGCCAAAUCAUGGAGAGGCUUCUCUAAUUGGUUGGAAUGACAUAAGAAAGCAAAGAAGAAGAAAAAAAAGCUUCUAGAUCAUGAGUAACCUGCUGGCUACCUUAGUUGCCAAGUAAAGCUUGUAAUGAUGGUACCAACUCUUGAACAAACAAGAUUAUGCUUC